AUGGAGCGGAAUAAGCUGGAACGCGAGGCGAACCAGGCACGCGAGAAGGUGGAAGCCGAGCGUGCAGCAAAGCUUGCUGCAGAGGUCGAAGUGGCUCGGAAGCGCGAGGUCGCAAAGUCAGUAAUGGGCGCGCUAGAAGCAGGCAGAUUGACACUCGCUGAACUUCUCCUCAUCCUGUUUGAUCCCGGCGACAACGGCAUCACAGAGCGAGGAUGGCGAUGGUUUAACUUCUUCCAAGAUACCAAAGCCGUUCAUACGAUCCUCGAGCUCAUGGUCGGCAAGAAGAACUCCCAAACGGCCCGCCGCACGGCGGAGAGAGGCAUGCUCAAGGUCGUCUCACGCACUGUCUGCCUCGAGGCCGACAGGAUCACACGGGCAGGUAUACUACGCCCACCGUCUUACGAGACGGUUGAUGAGGAUUUUGUCCUGGGGCUUAAGUUCACGGAGCUUGAGAACACCAUACAGUCACAUUGUCCAAACCUCUCGGAACUGCUGCUUGGGGUCGUACAGACGGCGAGACAGGCAAAGGAAUGCACCGCGAAGAAGCUGGAUCAAAAGCGCUUUUUGGCGGCAUGGUUCGCUGCGGGACUGCUUGGCGAACGCAGCCAAAGGAACUCCUACUUGCAGCACAUCAUGGGGCUAUACCUGCUUAGCUCUGGGGCUAGCCGACAGGUGCACGCCGUUCUUAAUCACCUGGGUGUGAGCGUCAGCUACACGACUCUCAUAGGUGGAGGGAUGUCGAAGAAGAAGGUUACCGUUGCAGCAGAUGAGCCUUCUGCGCCCGCAAACCCUACACCGGCCGCUGACCCCGCACGGUCCACGAAUCCCGCGCCGACCGCAAACAUCGGCGGUACACCUUCCUCCCGUAGUGGUGACGCGCACUCGAAUGGGCCCAAUCCUGAGCCAAGAGCCUCUGACGUCGACGUCAUAAGUCGUGGCGAUGCUGGUCAUGGACAGGUCGCAGCCGACACCGCGUCGAGUGGACGGAGCACGGGUACUUCAACCGAUACAACAACCCAGGGUUUAGUGCCAGAUGAAGCACUGAAAGCGCCAGCAGACGCAGACGCUGCGGAUACGUCAGUAAGCUCUAACAAAGUGCCAGCAAAGCGCACACGACGUACUGGAACUCUAGACAAGUUCUCAAUGUCAAUGCGCCGUCUUGCUCGUAUUGUUGCGCUGCUACCGUCAUUUGUCGUCUACGACAACAUCAAUUGGAACCUCAAGGUAGCGGAGCAAAUACUGCUACGUACCGACACAAUGCAGAAUGGUACCUGCGCGACACUUAUCAAGCUCUUCGAGGCCGACUGGGAUAACUUAAGUACAGAGGAGAUGGAGAAGGUUUUCGAUGCCGCACCUCCCCUUGAUCUCACGGAUAUCGAGCUAACGCCCAACGAGACCGUUCAACAACGCGCGACCUUCAUUCACGUCGUCCUGAGAGCCGCAGUGCGCUAUGGUGGCGAAUCUUUUGCAAAAUUUCGUCAGCAGGUUGCAGAUAGUCUUCCGGAAACGGAGCUGAAGAUACCUGUACACAAGACGGAGUUCUACCCGCUGCCGGCCUUCGAGAUCGAUGAGUCGUCCAAGGCGGGUAACGCGAACUUCGUCGACGCGGCAACUGAAGAGCUUGAGAUCAUUGAUUUCCUCAAAGCGCGUGGCCUCGCUGGUGAUCAGCUCUCGAUAGCACGCUUGCGAGAGGUCGCUGAGGCGCGAGCGGGCAAUGAGGGCGGGAAGGACGCGCUUCGAUGGGUGUACUUCAUCCCCGGCAUCUUCCACUACAAGAUAGCUGGUACCACCGGAAUACUCCUCGAUCACCUCGGCCCCAGCGGCCGUGAUCUCACAAACCCUGCAUCCCUCACCGCCCACAAUGCCGUCCUUACACGCAAGCCUAUUGUAUCGACUUCUCUGCCGACCUUCCGCACAUGUCGCGAUUUGAUCCUCGUCUCCCUGACUGCACGUCUUCUUCACUGCCUACUCUUAGUCUCAGGCAAGGACUCUCUUGACGACUACGCUACAUCGGCUACGUGGGACUCAUUUCAGGCCGAUGCCGCAUCUGUGGUGGACCGGUUCGCUAACCCGCGCGUGGUACACAACCUCCGCCGGGAACGCACGCGUAACGGCGAGGAACACGGCGACAUGGUCUUUGAGAAUGCGGUCCUUUUCAACCGCGACGCUCUUCUUCUACGCGAGUUUGUGGACGCAAUCAAGGCGGGCGAUUCGGGCCGCGUCAUCCUUGUACUCAAGGUCUGGGCUUUCACGUACCGCGCGCAAGGCCGUGUCAAGUACGCGCUCGAAGUGCUGUAUCUGAUACACAACCUGACACAUGUCUGGCCACAGGGCUUGCGCGACAUCGUGCUCAAGAACUGGCUGGUCAAUACAACUGGCCAUCCCUCCGGCUUCUUGGAGGUCGACCUCCUUCAAGAACAUAUGAAUUUCUGGAUCAAGACCUACUUUCAAGCACACGGCACCAACGCGUCAUGGGAAUGGCUCAAGACCAUUGCACCGUGCGUACGCGUUCUGCGCCAACUGUCGACCGAUAUCAACUCCGCCCUCGGCUCGAAGCAGGGCACUCGUCACGCGGAGCCAGACCUCUCGGAAGACAUUCAAGAGCUUAUGGAUAGCCUGCAACAUCAUGGCGUCUAUACGGUCAAGCCUGGUCGUCAUUUUGACGCUGAUGAUGACAGCUUGGUUGCGGACGCCGUUGCACGCGGCCACGCUAUGCUCACGACCGGCCCGACCUCGCCCCUUGACGCUUUCAACGAACGCUUUCGUAGUCUUCAGCAUCAGUAUCGUGUUCCACCGGUCGUCGGUCGUGCUCGCGCGGGCUCGGGCUCAAGUGGCUCGUCUGAAUCUUCUGACGAUUCUGCCGCCGACCAACCUGACCCUCACCCGAUCCCACAAGCAGAGCAACCGCUGCCGCCGAACGAGGUGCCGCUCGCCGAUCCACAGCCGGCUCCGGGUGCUUCGGCAGAUGAUGACGAUGACGAGUCGUCUGUUGGCGAGGAAAACGAAGACACAGAUAUUUUCGCACCUCUCGGCGAAGAUGACGUCGAUCUUGAGCAGGAUGCAGAUGGUAUCAUGUUUGACGAGGACACUGGUGACACGGGGGAGCACGAUUGGGAUGCAGAGUACAACCCUGACAGUGAUAUUGAGCGCGAUGUACCUAGCGAAGAUGAGGUUGACGAUGAAGGAGAUGAUGUAUUUUGUUAG